AUGGACGACGAAGAGGAAGGGGAUGAAGACUGGCGCUACGGCCCCCUUGGCCGUGCCGGCGUCCUCAAGGACGCGGAGCCCGUCCCUCCGGAGCCCGCGGAAAGCAAGUCAGAAGCCAGUCAGAAGCCGCUGCGGUGUGGCGAGGUGAAUCCGCGGACAAUCUGGGCGUACUGGGCACAGGGGCACGAGCAGAUGCCGGAGUUCUUCCGCCUUUGUGUGAACACCUGGCAGCGCACCAAUCCCCAUUGGGAUGUGAGGAUCCUCCAGAAGUCAACGGUCUUGGAAUACCUCUUAGAAGAGGAGCUGCCCAAUCGCUUCUUUGACAUGACGUCGCAUCAGACUGCCUCCGAUGCGGUCCGCCUCGGAGUUCUCAGUCGCUAUGGCGGCGUUUGGCUUGAUGUGAAUAUCUUGCUCUGUGGCUCGCUGGAUCGACUUUGCUGGAACGCCAUCCGUCAUGGGACGCCGGCCUGCGUGUUCUUCCACCCCUCCUACGGCACCGAAGCGCUCGGAGGCCAAGACUUUGUGGAGAGCUGGUGCUUGGCAACUAAGCCAGAGAACCCCUUCUUCAUGCGAUGGAGGGAGAUAUUCAAGGAGCUUUUUCAGGAUCGUUUGGGCAUCGACGGCUUGUUGAAGCACCGCCUCUACAAAGGUUUGGACCUCUCAGGCUUUGAGAAGCUGAACCGAGACUUCCAGGGCUCCGGCAUGGAGUUCCGGGAAUAUUUGGCGAUCCACGCCAUGUGCCACCGGCUGCUGGAAACCGACCCUGAGAGCCGCCGUGCCUGGCGCGACGACUUCCUCAAGGUCAAUGCUGCUGACACUGCCUUUCGCCUGCAGAUGGUGGCGCAAGCCAGUGACAUGCACAUGGCACAGGUCUUGCUGCUGGAGGACACUCGUGCCGAGCAGCUCAUCGAAGGGGUGCCGCUCAUCAAGUUCCGGACGCCGGACUAUGGCCCCUUGCUGCAGCUUUCCACUGCUCAACUCACAGAUCGACGCCACUUGCUGGGACGCUUACUGGAUCCGGCGCCCCGCGCCGGCGCGCGCGCUGUACGCGCACCACAGAGGGUCAGCAUGAGCUUCAUGGGUGGCGCCCGACGCUUCACGGCGGCGGCCACCGUGGCGGCCAUCCUUUGUCGCGGUGCCCGUGCACAGUCUCCGCUGGGCCCAAGCCUGCCGAAGUUGCGGCCGGUGGAGUUACGGUCGGAUGGGCUCGGCGACCGCCAGGGCGCGCGCCACGCCUGUGCCGUGCUCGCUGCGCCGGUGAGUGGCGAAGAACCGGACGCGGAAAACCGAGCGGAACCGCAGAAAAGACGCGCGCGAUGCGGGGCGUCGCACGGAGCGAUGGAGAGCGAGCGAGAUAAGAGCCUCUUUGCUCGGCUGCCGGAAGAUUUGUUGGCCAAGGUGGUCGAGGAUCUCCCCAGCAACCUGGCGCAGCGCACCAUUCAGACGCACCUUUCAGAGCUCACAGCUUUUAAAAUCGAGCUCCACAGCAAGAUUGAAGAGCAGUUGUUGCGUAUGGGAACAGCGGACGGCCUGGCAGCGUGGUUGCGGGAGGAGUGCAAGCCGGCUUUCCACCAUGAGGUGGUGGUCGCCGCUUGUUUGAGCUCCUUCGACGGGCGACCCCAUCCCGAUGCCUAUUGGACCAGCUGCUUCGACCCUUCGGACCUGCGCACGGAGAAGUGUCGGAUGAUCCUGGAUGCCUUGGUGCAGCUCUCCACCUCCGAACACCUCUUGAGCGAGACGGACAUUCAAAUCGGUUUCUCCAGGGUCUUGGGCAUCGUCACCAGCGAGAUGGAGGUGAAGGAGACACGCAGCGAGUUCCCACAUCUGGUGGCCCUCCUUCGUGGAGCCGUGGAAAAGGAGCUCCUGGCGGCACAGUUCCUGAAGCUCGCGCGGCGCUUGCACUACGGCGGCCCGUUGGGCAUGCAGGCGCUCCGCUGCGCUCAGCGGCAGACGCCCUUGCACUCCAGGCGUGUGUGGGGCACCGGCGAUUUGCGGCAGAUGCGUGCGGAGAUGCACGACACCAUCGAGGUCUGUUUGGUUCGCGCGCGCGCGCGCGCGAAGGUUUGGGGCGGUGAAGUCGGUGUGUGGAUCGUGUGUUCAUGGGCUCCAAGUACAUCCGGAAAAGGUGUUGGGAGCCCUUCUGGCACCCGGGUCGCCCAAAUAGAUCAUCAUACAUCAUCAUACAUCCUCAUCCACAAUACCUUCUCAGGAUCUACUUGGAGCCGGAAAUUUCAUGGGCGCCAUUCGGUGGUUGCUCUUCACUCAAAAGCUGCGGUUGUGCCAGAGUGGUCGUUGGUGCUGGUACUGGUGGCUUCCAAGACCGAAUUCAAGCCACCCAUCCGAAUCCAAAUCCGACGAGCGACCGUUUAUAUUGGGGUUAGUAAACGGUUAGAGAUUCAAAAGCAUCGUCCUGGCAACAUUGAAAGCUAUCCCUCACACUCCAUGCAAUACUUUCAAAGUAUACGUUUUUUAAAAGUAUAUAUAUGUGAUAUACCUCAAAAAAGGCCUAAACCAGAUGCCCCCCCCAAAAAAAACAUGUAUCUCUAA